GAUAUCACAAUUUACAACCGAAAAUGGCUACUGACGCUGACGAAGCACAGCGUCGUCGUGAAGAAUGUGAACGCAAAGCUCGACGUGGGGAGAUGGAUCCCCGUUUGGAGUUCACUUUUCAACUGCUGAUUGAUGCCACCCAAUUGCCGCGCCAUCAAUUGAUGGAUUAUAUAUUUGAGGGUGAUAUGUUGGAUGAAAUCAAUCAACUUUUCUUGCCCAAUAUGAAAAAUAAGUUAUUGUGGUUUUUCCAAGAGGUUGAUGAACCCGAACCUCAGCCCGUUCAGGAUCCCAAUAAACCGGGACCAUCUCGUUCGGGAAUGACUCCCAGUACUUCGAAGACGCCUCAAGGCGGAACAUCACCAGGUGGUUCGGCUCCAGCCAAGCAGAAAAAACUCUUUCUCACUGAUGGUUGGUCGUGUGCCUUUACCGGUAUAUGCAUCUACAUAUUUCGCAUAAAUACAAAUAAACAAUUGCCCGAGGAAGGAUUCCAAAAGGAUUUAUUCUGUGGCAUCAUCGAUGCCAAAAAUGUCGGUCUAGUUACCUCCAUCGAACGCAUCAUCGAAUAUGUUUUCAUGCAAGCUUUGGCCUUUCCCAGCCUAGAAGGCGAAGAGGAAGAUGUCAGUUGUGGUCUUAUAAAGGGACAACUGCUACCUGGACUUCGAUCAUUUUGUAGCGCCUUACGUGUCUGUGAACAAGUCUGCGAUCAUUUUAAUGUUUUCGAUGAUGGUUGCGAUAUGUUCGAACAGGUCAAUCAAGUCGAAGAACUUAAAGAUUUAUCCAAAAAUCAAGAAUUUUGUGGUCAACUCGAGGAGAGAGUAAAUAAUUGGAUUAAAGGUAUUACGAAGAUAUUAGGAGAAUCGGAUCAAUUGCGUAAAGAGAAUGAUUCAAGUGGUCCACAAGAUGAAUUGGAAUAUUGGAAGAAACGUGGUGCACAAUUUUCACAAUUGUUGGCCCAUUUGCAAACAAAGGAGGUCCAAUAUACUUUGCAUUGUUUGCUUUUGGCCAAUUCGAAGGUAAUACGGGAUUGGAAGGAAACUGAUCGUAAGAUAACGUUUUGUUACAACGAAGCAAGGGAUAAUUCGAAAUUUAUCCAGGCAAUGGAACAUUGUUGUCAUUCGUUGUAUUUAGAUGAUCCGGUCUGCAUGAAAGAAUCCAUUUUAAGUCUCCUGCAAACCGUACGCUUGAUUUAUAGUGUCUCACAAUUUUACAACACUUCGGAAAGAACUUCUGCACUAAUGGUUAAAAUCACCAAUCAAAUGAUAGAAACAUGCAAAUCUUAUAUCACCUGCCGCUGCAAAGAAACCAUAUGGACACAAGAUCGCACUUUAGUUCGCACCAAGCUGAGUAAUUGCAUCAAGUUAAAUCACAUUUAUCACGAGACCUACUAUACCGUACGGGAGCAACCCUUUCUACCGAAUCAAACACCAUUUGGUUUUUCGGAGAAUUUUGUUUUUGGAAAAUUUGAUACGUUCUGCGAGAGGUUAUCAAAGAUAACCUCCAUGUUUAAUUUGAUCGAUGACUAUAAUCAUUUGUUUGAGAGGCGUUUGGAAGGUCUACUCUUGGCCGAAGCAUUGGAGGAAGCCUCAAAUCAUUUUGAAGAGGCCAAAAAGGAAAUUCUCUCGAAGAAAUAUGAUUAUUUGGAUCAUCGUAAUGCUGAAUUUAAUGAGGAUUAUGAAAAGUUUAUAAGUAAAACCGAUGUGCUCAAGGAUACCAUAGCCACACUGAUUGAGACCAAUUUUGAUACUGUCUGGGAAACUCCACAGUGUAUACGUUUUUUGGUGCGCUUCGAGAAGGUUAGUGAGAAAAUACCUCUCACCAAAAUGGAUGAGAAAUAUAUGCGGAUAGUACGUUAUGUGGAUAAGGAGGUGGAACGUGUUAUCAAACUCUUUCGCAAACAUCGUGAUGAUCCUCCAGUACAAAGAAAUUUUCCACCCAUUGCUGGACGUAUUUACUGGAGUCGUUCGUUGCAUUGUCAUAUUCGUGAGUUAAUCGAUUCGGUAUGUGAUCAUCCGGUAUUGGGUGCUUUGCCUCCCACUCGUGAUGUGGAGAUACGUUUCAAUCAUGUCGCUAAUUUAUUGGGAGAAUAUGAAGAUGAAAUUAUUGCCAUAUGGUUGGAUCAGGAUGUAAGUGUGGCAGAUGCUUGCCUUUUGCAGCCAUUGCUGUCAUUGCAGGGUGAUCGAAUCUUUGUGAAUUUACAUCCUACCAUACCGUUGUUGAUUCGAGAAGCAAAACUUUUGGCUAAAAUUAAAGUUGAUCUUCCGAUUGUUGCCGCUACUUUGAUGAGUCGCCAGGAUUAUUUUAUAACCAUACAGGAUUCAUUGAAUAACCUUAUAAAAAUGUUCCUGACCACGGUUAGGGCUGUUAAAUUGGAAGUCCGACCUUUGUUCUUGCCUCAAUUGGUACGCCUGACGGCCAUGUUGAAACCAGGAUUAACCACCAUUAAUUGGACAGAUCAAAAUUGGAGCAAAUUCUACGAAAGAUGCAAGCAAGCCAUUGAAACAUUUGAGGUGUUGGUGGCCAGAAUCCAUGAUAUCUACUCCAACCGAAUUCUGCAUGUCCUUAUGUGUAUGCAAGAAGUUAAGUUGCAAGUUUUACCAGGAGAUGAUGAAAUCUGGACAGUUGAUGAGUUUUUGGAGAAGAGCGAGGAGUCCUGCAGGAAAGCGGCAAUUGAACUUAAUCGAAAAAGUCAAAUGGUAUCGGAAGCUGUAGAAGAAGUUUUGAAUUUGGUCGAUAAAGCCUCUGAGAAGUUUAAAGAGAUGGCAGGAGAUGAUGUGGUAACCCUAUUUGAUGCAAGUGCAAAAGAUCAGAGCUCUUCUCGCAAAGGUGGUGAAAAUGAAGGAGCAGCAGGAGGAAAUGCUACUUCCAGAGGUUCUGGUGGCGGAGCUGGUGGAGGAGGUGGCGGUAAUGCGGGUAAUCAACAACAAGAUUGGAGUAUUCUAUGGUCUUGUUUCGAUAAUCCAUUGACAUUGUUGGCCACCACAGAAAGUUUGCCCAAGGGAAUGCAGGACAUGGUUUGCAAUGCUGUUGUUGAAAUGCGACGCUACUAUAGUCGUAAAGUCAUUGAUGUUCUAAUCAAGGUGAUUCGUGCUGCUCUGGAUACCAUAAGGAGGCGUUUUGUGUCCGACGAUGAUGAUCCAGUGCCCAAGAAGCCGAUAUUUGCUCUCUACGCCCAAUUACAAAUACCAAAUGUGGUUAUUAAACCAAAUUUAGAGGAACUGCAGGAGAUUUUGAUAACGGCUGGUAAAACUAUUACCGGCAUUGCGAAGGGUGUGGCACAGUGGACAAGUGGCAAAGAGCAACCGGUAAGAUUUUUUAAGAAUUUUAAAAUUGCAAUUAAUUUGAAAUUGUCUUUGUAGCAAGUCUCACUGACACCACAACCCCGUGUUGGGCGUAAUCACAACACCAAACGUCGUAAGCUGUAUACUUUGGACUCGGUACAAAAGCCCCAAAUGCCCCAUAUGCUGAAAUCCUUCUAUUCGGCCAUUAUGGAUAACAAGGAAGUGGCUAAGGCUUUUAAUUUACUUUCAAAUUGCACGAAGGGUAUUAAACCAGAAAUACAAACCUAUAUCAAACGUUGGAAACCCUAUCAUUUUCUAUGGAAAAAUGAUCGCACCACACGUCAGCUAAUGGAAUUUGGUUUACAAGAAUUCGAAACGACUUUACGUUGUUUAGCCGAUUUAGAUGCGAAUUUGUUGAUUGAACCCGAUAUGGAAGUAUUCGGAAAUUGUUUGGCCGUCUAUAAUGAACGUUUGAAAUAUGGUCUAGCCAUUGAGAUUAAAUCUUGCAAUCACAAAAUCGGUCAGGCAAUGAAGAAGAAAUACAAAAAGGAAAUGGACUAUGUGUAUGCGGUUAUCAACGAAAUGGAUCGUAAAUUGGAUCGUCCAAUACGUGAUUUGGAUGAUGUGCGUAUGAUUAUGGAAACAUUGGGUAAGAUAAGAGAACAAGAGGUGGAUAUGGAGCUACGAAUCGAUCCAAUUGAGGAAGCAUUCAAUGUUUUGACCCGUUAUGAGGUACAAGUUGAACGUGAACAAUUCGAUUUGGUUGAUAACUUAAGAUCAACCUUUCAAAAUUUACUGGCAUGUGCCCUGCAAGCCCAAGUUAAAUUGCUGGAAAUGCAACCCUCCUUCCAAGAUGAUUUAAAAACUAAUUUGGAUAAUUUCAAACAGGAUAAAAUCAAUUAUGUUUUGGAAUAUCGCACGGCAGGACCUAUGCAACCGGGUCUGACACCACGUGAGGCGUCAGAUCGUUUGAUAUUGUUUCAAAAUCGUUUUGAGGGUAUGUGGCGUCGUUUACAGACCUAUCAAAGUGGUGAAGAGUUGUUUGGUCUACCACAAACUGAUUACCCUGAACUGGGGCAGAUACGCAAGGAAUUGAAUCUACUGCAAAAGCUAUAUAAGCUGUAUAAUGAUGUCAUUGAUCGGGUUAGCAGUUAUUAUGACAUCCCUUGGAAUGAAGUGGAUAUUGAGGAAAUCAAUAAUGAAUUGAUGGAAUUUCAAAAUCGUUGCCGUAAAUUACCCAAAGCCUUAAAGGAAUGGCCGGCCUUCCAUGCUUUGAAAAAGACCAUUGAUGAUUUUAAUGAUAUGUGCCCUCUACUGGAAUUGAUGGCCAAUAAGGCCAUGAAACCAAGGCAUUGGCAACGUAUUAUGGAUGUAACCCAGUACACAUUCGAAUUUGAUUCGGAAGGAUUUUCGUUGAAGAAUAUUUUGGAGGCUCCUUUGUUGAAAUACAAGGAAGAUAUAGAGGAUAUUUGUAUUAGUGCCAUGAAGGAGAAGGAUAUUGAGGCUAAACUCAAGCAGGUCACAAAUGAAUGGUCUGUGCAUGAAUUGCAGUUUAUGAGUUUCAACAAUCGUGGAGAACUUUUGCUGCGUGGUGACACAACAGCAGAAACCAUUGGACAAUUGGAAGACAGCCUCAUGGUAUUGGGUUCCUUGCUCUCCAAUCGUUAUAAUGCCCCAUUCCGUAAACAAAUUCAACAAUGGGUCUACGAUCUUUCCAAUUCCAAUGAAAUUUUGGAGAGAUGGCUGCUCGUGCAGAAUAUGUGGGUUUAUUUGGAGGCAGUAUUUGUCGGUGGUGACAUUGCCAAACAAUUACCCAAGGAGGCAAAGCGUUUUUCGAAAAUUGACAAAUCUUGGCAAAAAAUCAUGCAGAGAGCCCAUGAAACCCCUGGCGUGGUGGCCUGUUGUGUGGGUGAUGAUUUACUCAAACAACUGCUGCCUCAUCUUCAAGAACAGUUGGAGAUUUGCCAAAAAUCUCUUAGUGGUUAUUUGGAACGUAAGCGUAUGAUGUUCCCACGAUUUUUCUUUGUAUCCGAUCCAGCCUUACUGGAAAUAUUGGGCCAAGCUUCCGAUUCGCAUACCAUACAAAAUCACCUACUCUCCAUAUUCGAUAAUACGCGGCACAUUAAAUUCCACGACAUUGAAUACAACAAAAUGAUGGCCAUUAUCUCGAGUGAGGGUGAAAUGAUCCAAUUGGAUCGGGCAAUACGCGCCGAAGGUUCUGUCGAGACAUGGCUAACUCAAUUGCUGGUCACAGCGCAGGCGUCAUUGCAUUCGAUCAUACGGACCGCUUAUGCCACCAUCAAUGAUCCAAAUUUCAGUUUGCUCGCCUUUCUCGAUAAGGCCCCAGCCCAAAUAGGUCUACUAGGCAUACAAAUGAUUUGGACACGUGAUGCAGAAAUGGCUCUGAUGCAGGCCAGGCAAGAGAGGAAAGUCAUGUCAGAGACCAAUAAUAAAUUUCUGGAUAUCUUGAAUACGCUGAUCGAUCAGACGACAAGGAAUUUGACGAAAAUGGAGAGAACUAAUUUUGAAACGUUGAUUACGAUUCAUGUGCAUCAGCGGGAUAUUUUCGAUAUUUUGUGCCGCAUGAACAUCAAAUCGGCCAAUGAUUUUGAAUGGCUCAAACAGUGCCGCUUCUAUUUCAAAGAGGAUUUGGAUAAAACAUGGAUUUCGGUUACAGAUGUCACCUUUACCUAUCAGAAUGAAUAUUUGGGCUGUACAGAUCGUUUGGUUAUUACCCCGUUAACUGAUCGAUGCUACAUAACACUGGCCCAGGCAUUAACCUUGAGCAUGGGUGGCGCUCCAUGCGGACCAGCUGGUACUGGCAAAACUGAAACAGUUAAAGAUAUGGGAAAGACGUUGGCCAAGUAUGUGGUGGUAUUUAAUUGUUCCGAUCAAAUGGAUUACAGAGGCUUGGGUCGCAUCUAUAAAGGUUUAGCCCAAUCCGGAUCAUGGGGUUGUUUCGAUGAAUUCAAUCGCAUCGAAUUGCCUGUCCUGUCAGUGGCUGCGCAACAGGUUGCCGUUGUCCUAACGGCCAAAAAGGAAAAGAAGAAGACAUUUAUAUUCACAGAUGGCGAUACAAUUGAAAUGAAUCCGGAAUUUGGAAUAUUUAUAACGAUGGUAAGUAAAAAGUAA